AUGGCGCAAAACAACUCAGCCUUCUACCCCGACCUCAAGGAUCGAGUGACUCUGGUCAUCGGAGCUGGACAAUCAGGCGACCCUUAUACAAAGGUCUGGGGCAAUGGAGCAGCCAUCGCCAAAGUCCUAGCCUCCUCGGGAGCGAGGAUCAUCGCCUGUGAUCUGAACCUCGAAGCAGCACAACGAACAGCAAGCCGCAUCCAAGCCGAUGGAGGGUCUUGCGAAGCCUUUCAGCUCGACGCAACACUAGCGAGCGAUAUCAAGCGCAUCGUCAAACAAAUAGUCGACAGAUACAACCGAAUCGAUAUCCUCGUAAACAACGUCGGGUUGACCAAAACCGGUGACCCAGCAACAAUGCCAGAAGAAGCAUGGGACACACAGUUCCAGCUCAAUUUGAAAACAGUCUAUCUCACCUGUAAUGCCGUGCUGCCAAUAAUGGAGAAGCAAGGCUCCGGGGCCAUCAUUAACAACGCCAGUAUUGCGGGGAUGAAGUAUCUUGGAAAACCGCAAAUUGCAUACGCGUCUGCAAAGGCGGCGGUCAUUCACUUCUCGAAGAUCACGGGCGUGAUGUAUGCCAGCAAAGGGAUUCGUGUGAACUCUGUUUCUCCGGGUAUGGUGUUCACACCGUUGCUUGAGAAAUUGGGAGCUAGUGAUUUGGCGGAGGAGCGUGAGAUAUACAAGAAGAUCACAGAUCAUAAUGUGCCUAUGGGCUUCAUGGGAGACGCGUUUGAUGUUGCCAAUGCGGUGGUAUUCCUGGCUAGUCGUUCGUCGCGCUAUGUUGUUGGUCAGAACUUGGUCGUUGAUGGUGGACUUACGGGGUCGACGGGGACUGGUCAAACUGCGUCGAAGCUUUGA